CAGGUGGCGUUCACCGCGGCUCGUAAUAUCCAAUAACAUCUCGCGUGAAAAAUUAAAGUUUCACGCAUGUGGACGAUCGGUUUUUACAUACGUAUUGUUUGUUAAAAGCAACAUUUCUUCAUGCACAACUCGGUUCUGCGAAUUUUUAGACGGUUUCACGAACCAAAGUUGCUAGCCACUGUGGUUGAAGUCAGAAUUUGUUUAGAUUCAUUGUUUAUCAGACGCAAAGUGCAAACAGCAAUGUUGGACGAUGAAAAGUUGAGAGACUUAAAUGUUCCUGCACAAGAGGAAUUUAACCCACUAUCCUGGCUGCGAACUGUGGCUCCUGCUUUUCCAGUGAAUGGUUCAAAGGUCACUAUAAUUCACAAACCACAAGUGUUCUACAAUACUUUGUUGGAAAAGUGUAGGCAUGCCAAGAAAAAAAUCACAUUUUCCUCACUGUAUUUGGGUACUGGUACCUUAGAGACCGAACUAAUCAAUGUGAUAGAGCAAGCAGUAAGUAUGAAUGGCGGUGAUGUGCAAGUACGAAUCCUGUUGGACUAUAUGAGGGCUUCUCGGGGAGAGCAUAACUCCCGGAAGAUGCUGGAGCCAUUGCUCAAGGGGAAAUGUAGAGAUCGUUGCAAGGUCUUCCUCUAUCAUACGCCGAAAUUACGCGGCAUAAUGAAAGCAGCAAUCCCAGAUCGCUUUAAUGAACUCAUCGGUUUACAACACAUGAAGCUAUAUAUGAUCGACAAUGAUUUAAUUAUUAGCGGAGCGAACCUCAGCAAUGAUUAUUUCACAAACCGACAGGAUCGGUACUUCGUUAUAGAAGACUGCGAGGAACUUUGCAACUUUUAUAAUAAGUUGGUUGAGAAAGUUAUGGAAUUUAGCUUCUUAUUACAACCAGAUGGGAACACAAGCUUGAAUCUUACUGUAAACAGUCAUCCUUACAAAGGAUCUGGGAAAGUUUUUACUCAAGAAGCAGCGUCCAAGAUACAAACGUUCUUACAGAAUGAAAUCAAAAAGAAUAUCGAUCUCGACAAAAACGCAGACACAUGGAUAUUUCCAUUAGUGCAAAUGGGCCAGCUGAACAUCUAUCACGAUAGUGAAGUAACAUUGAAGCUCUUGCAAACCGCUCCAGCGGGAGCCACGCUCAAAUUAGCGACCGGUUAUUUCAAUCUGACUUCUGAUUACAUUCAAGCUGUGCUUAAAGAUUGUCGAGCAACGUGUCACUUUUUGACAGCACAUCCCACUGCCAAUGGUUUCUUUAAUGCCAAAGGAAUGGCCGGAGGAAUACCGGCGGCGUACACCAAGAUAGAGGAAUCCUUUUAUAAUUUAUGCGAGAGAACGAAUCAGCAAAACAGAAUAACGUUAUGGGAAUUUGUUAAACCGGGUUGGACGUACCACGCCAAGGGUCUCUGGUACACUUUGCCAGAUCAGCAAAAACCCUCUUUGACCCUCGUAGGCUCACCAAAUUUUGGUUAUAGAUCGGUGAACAGAGACCUCGAGACACAGAUAGCCGUGGUGACAAGAAACGAGAAGUUGCAAAAUGCACUGCACGAAGAGCAGGCACGAUUAUUCUCCUGUGCUAAACCCGUUACGAGAAAGACUUUCUCGCAGCGAGACAGAAUACCACCAGCUUGGGUAUGCGCGAUUGUACUCUUCUUUCGCUAUUACUUUUGAAGUAAUAGUUCAAGUGUCUUUAUGAAAAGGUAAAUCCCAAAUUCUAAACUUAUUUAAUUCUAGCUGUAAUAUAUUGUACAAGUACAGUUCCGCAAGUACAAUUCCGCAGAAUUUAAUAUUUAAUUGAUACACGAUAUAAAUUAUCCUCCGACAUUUUUUAUUUGUAUAUGAUUUUUCAUUACUUAAAAUUUUUUUAUAUAAAGAUGUCAUUUAGAAAUAUCCUAAUAUUUCUAUCCAAGGAAUAAUAAAAUUGUUAUAGUACAAACGGAUGUAAAGAGAGAGGAUCGGAUCUGAUCUUCUAGGAUUCUGGAUUCUAAAAACUCUGCAUUUUUUUGUAAAUUCUACAAAUUCCAAAAAUUAAUCUUCUCGUAAGUAAUAAAUUAGCAUUUUAUUUUGUAAGUUCACCGGCAGAAGUUGUGAAAUCAGUGACGCGAUUGUUUUCUCGUGUGCUAUUCUGUAGGGUAUGUGAUAAAAUUCAAUGUUGCUAUGAUGCCAGCGCUUCUUGUGCGGCAUCGAAUAUGUAAAAAUUGAUUUAAUUCGGACGAAAUAAUAACAAUAUCGAUAGCGGUAGUAAUAAUAGUAGUAGCAAUAACAAUACAAGAUUGAUUGUCUGUUGCCACUCAUGGUUCACGAAUUAAGAAUAAAUUGCAGCAAUAUUCACAAUUGCUGCGACAAUCAA